CCGCUGCUCUCGGAACACGAGCGUCGUCUGUGUCGCUGCUGCUCACAACAACACACGCGCCUCGCGCGACAAGGAAGAAACAUGCAACUGUCAGUUUCAUUCAUCGUGGACCUCGACAGACUUUGCCUUGUGUCUCAUUAGACGAGUUGAAACGGGAGAAGAAAAACACCAAACCUCGUCGCAUCCAGACUUUGGCGGAGCAGGAUCGAGAGCAGCAGCUCGUCCCCGACGGUCCAGUCCGCCGCUCCAUGUCUGGGAGAACAGGGAGACGAGGACCGAAUGACGAUCGGUGCGAGUUCCUGGGAUGCCGGUACUCUGUGCUCUUCUAAAGCCUCCAGAAGAUAAAGACAGGGUGUCAUUGACAGAGCAAGUGAACCCUCUGAGCUGCCACCAUGGCGCUUGUUCAGGCUCUGCCCAUAUCUGCUGAGCCCCACAACCCAGGCCUCAGUGGAGGAGCCCGUCGACGACACCACUCUGGCCCCUCGCCCCCGGUCAACGCACCGCCAGCCUCCACUCUGGAUCCUAUGGGCUCUGUCAGCAGCCUAAUAGCCGCCCGCCCCGGCCCCUACCAGGACCAGCGCUCUGGCGUUGAGAUGGGCGCGAGGGUCCGCCGACCCACACCGGGCAGACAGAGAGGCCUGGACAGCGAGUCCCCCCAGGACCCCUUACUGCAGAACAUCCCGCCGCCGCUCAAGAAACAGAGCUCCACGGCGUUCGGCAGGGGCCUGGAGAAGGAGAACGGGAACUACGCGUAUCUGAGUGAGGACUACGUAGGCGACUGGAAUGAGAACCUUGUAAUGGCUGCCAGUCCAGGGAGCGACGCAGACGAGACGAGAGAAGGAUCGGGGCUGAACGGGAAUAUGGGGGGGCCGCCUCCUAAACUGAUCCCUGUGUCAGGAAAACUUGAAAAGAACAUGGAGAAAACAGUGCUGCGGCCCACUGCCUUCAAACCUGUCAUUCCCAAGAGCCGCAACUCCAUGCAAUACCUCUCCCCUCGCCAUUGUGCCAACGCAUCCGAAAGCCAAAACAACCUGAACAUGCUCAGCCCCACGCACCGAGAGGCGUCUCCGUCCUGCUCCGAGAAACGCAGCUCGUACAGCGGGGCCCGGAACGGCGGCGGAGGCGGUAGCAGUCAGUCCUGCUCCCUGUCCGACUCAGGACGCAACUCCCUCUCCAGCCUGCCGCCUUACAGCAACGCCGGCUACAGCCUGGCGUCGGGAGAGGCCUCUGCUGGCCACAUGGAGCCCAUGAAGAGCGCUCCGCCGGCCGGUGCACACGGACACUCCAACUCGGACAGCGGGCGCUCGUCCUCCAGUAAGAGCACAGGCUCUGGGUCGACAAGUGGCCGCGGGCAGCCCCUGUCUGACAGCGGGUCCAGCGGACGCUCCCCCGGCCCAGUGGACAUCUACGAUGGCGUGGUGAGAGACCUGGAGGACAAACUGAGGGAGAGGGAGCUGGAGCUGCAGCAACUCCGAGACAACCUGGACGAGAAUGAAGCUGCGAUUUGUCAGGUGUACGAGGAGAAGCAGAAGCGCUUUGAACUGGAGCUGGAGGAGCUGAGGCAGAGCUGUGCCACCAGGAUGCAGGUCGCCUCGCAGAAGGCCCAGCGUGCCCAGCAGGUGCUUCAGCUGCAGGUUUAUCAGCUCCAGCAGGAGAAGAAGAAGCUGCAGGAGGACUUUGCUCAGCUGCUGCAGGAGAGGGAGCAGCUAGAGGAGCGCUGCUCCUCCUACGAGCACGAGAAGAUCCAACUGGGGCCUCGGCUGGAGGAGACCAAGUGGGAGGUCUGUCAGAAGUCGGGGGAAAUCUCGUUGCUGAAGCAGCAGCUGAAGGACGUGCAGGGGGAGUUAUCUCAGCGCGUGGGUGAGAUCGUUUCUCUGCGGGGUCAACUCCGAGAGACUCGCGGCGAGCUGACCAACACCCAGGUCCUGCUGCAGGAGGCUCACGGCACCACCCGCACCAGAACCCUGGAGCUGGAGGUGUGUGAAAACGAGCUCCAGCGGCGCAAGAGCGAAGCAGAGCUGCUCAGAGAAAAGGUGGGACGUCUUGAGGGAGAGUUGGCUCAUCUCAGAGACGCCUUGGCCAAUCAGGGCCCGGGAACCCGCCACGGUCAGGUGUUCCAUGAAGCGGAGGAGCACCUGCUCAGCUACGAAAGCGACGAAGCAAAGGCCCAGCGGCAGAGUGGCGCGGAGGCCCUGCAGAGCAUGGCGGCGCAGAUGGACAGGAUGAGGGCGGAGCUGGCGUUCGAGCGCCAGCGGGCCGAGCAGCAAAUGGGAAGCUUCGAGGAGGAGCGCCAGAUAUGGCAGGAGGAGAAGGACAAGGUGAUCCGCUACCAGAAGCAGCUGCAGCAGAACUACGUGCAGAUGUACCGCCGGAACCGAGAGCUGGAGCAGCUGCUGCAGGACCUCAGUCAGGAACUGGAGAGCAGGGAGGAGGACGAGGGCAGCGGCAACGAGAUCAACUUCGACGAGGUUGCCGCCACGGAAAUUUGACCCCUCGCCGUGUCUUUCCCGUCUUUUGAUUUGCACUACAGUCAGCUGAAUCUCUCUCGCCCAAAUGUCACAGAUCUGCUCUCUUUGUGUCCGUCUGGAGGGAAACGGUCUGCUGAGAUGACAAACAAGCAGAUUUGGCAACACACACACACACACACAUCUGCAGUGUAAAAUCAGCCUCACUUUAGUUCCGACUCAUUGGUCUAUUCUCCACAGAGUCCCACUUUAAAAGCCAAUGACCUCCAUUAGUCAUUAGUAGGCCACCUCAGUCCUCUGCCACUCCAUUACUGUCCCUGUUAGCGUUUGCACCGACUAACUAGACGUCAGCCUGUCGCUGUCCUCCCGCGUCGAUGACGACUCCACCUCUCCGUUAGCAGUCAGCUCACACUGGUACUGUUAGUUUAGAUGGAGCCCCACACUGUCCCGAGUGUCAUUGCCCCCAAAUUAAUGCAGAGGUGGAAUUUAGAUCAUAAACAUCUGUAAUUAAACCCAAUAACAUACCUUACAUGCAAGAGUCAUCUGACGUUAGAAGACUGAAACACAUCCUCUUUUUCUUACGUGUGAGAUAAAUGAUAUUACGGGAAACAUACAGUGAUUCCAUAAUGUUUUCUACUGUCGGUUGUGACAUAGUUAAAUGUUAAAGAAAAUAAACCUGCCUUUUUUUCACAGCAGGUGUUGUGACACGAAAAGCACAUGUUUCUAGUAACGGUAAAGAAGCUCUACUCAAGUUGUUGAGUUAGACGACGUACAGUAACAAUUUAAUAAAUAUAAUAUAAAAAGCUCAUUUGUUUGUCAUCAGGAGCAGUUAUCCGACGGCAGCCAUGUUCGGUCUUCAACUGUACUUUUCGUUACGUGAUAAAAAUGAUAAAAGGGAGUUUUCUAAUAUAAAGUUACGAGUCUUCGCGAGACAAGAAUUACAAUUAGAUUCACACUCGGCACCUGAAGAAGAAAGUCUAACCGACAUUAAAACAGUUUAUUGAUGUAAUCCACACUGGCCUCUUAUACGGAAGGCAGAGAUAUUAUACGGCAUGAUAAACGCUUCAUCUCUGACGAUUUAUAAACCGUCUCCUGGUGCAGUAAACUCUCAUAUCGCUCAUUCCUAAUGCUGUAAAUUCAGUCCUGGUAAUGUGUUUUCAUAGAGGCUAAAAUAAUCAAAUGUACAUACGUUAAUAUACCAGUGUCUCCACGAGGUGAAAGAUUGAUUAAUGCGUGUGGGUGAUUUGAAAUUAAAAAAAAAACGUUUUCAGACUGGAUGAAAAGACAUUUCCCCUGAGUUUGUAGUUCACGUUUGAAGAUCACAGCAGGAGCGUUUUCCUAGAAUCUUCCGGAGGUUUGACCUGCCACGAUAACUACUUUUUGUUGCACGAUAUAUUGUCCCAGAAAUCACCGCGAUAAAACCAUAUUAUGGUCAUUUUUAGGCAUGACGACAGCGUAAUUAUCGUGACAGGCCUACGGUGAUUUUCCUGCUGUAUUCUCACAUGGGCUCACUCUGACUUUUUCCCGGAGAUUGUUACGAGAGGGCUGGAAAAGGAAAAGCAUGAAGCCGGACUUCAAGCAGCUAAAGAUUUGCAUCUUACAUCAGUGAAAGAGGGACAUCAUGCAUUUCGGUGUAAAGUCAAACUACCACAACAUUCUUUUUCCAGGGACCUUAAAACACAGAGUCUCUGUUUUCAUGUUCAUUAACUUCGCUUCACCACAAGGGGACACGUUUAGUUCCUCCACCACUGCUGAUUGAAUUAUAAUCCUCUGUAAAUAACCCUGAGAAGAGAAAAAAGAAAGAAAUCAUAUAAAAGUAUUAAUUUUUCUCCCAGAAGAACAACAACAACAUAGCCACUGUGAAUAGACCAAAGCAAUGUCGCGCACAUUCUAUUUAGCUCCUCCAGUACAGACACGCAGACGCCUGUACAUUAACGUCGGUGUGGAUGUUCGUUCCGUUUCCUUCAGUAUAAUUUUAUAAUCCACGAUAUUUGUAUGAAGACAUUAAAAAAUGUAUAUUUUCAUGCUGUACAUUUUAUUGAACAAAUGUUUUUAAUUAAAAAAAGACAGAAUUUGA